GGGUCAAGCUUCAUGACCUUAGCUGAGACAAUCGGCCAAGGACAAUUUGUGUUGUGACCCUCGGUCAUCAUCGGCUGGGCAGAGCUAGCACAUGCGCUGGCAGACACGGGAGACUGAGAAGGAUGGUUCAGAACUUCCAACAGAGGAGAGCUCGGGCUCAGGCCGCUUGUACUCCUGGUGGCGGCGACUGAUCGGUCACAAAGGCUCCUCAGGCAGCUUCUCCAGAUGGCAUGGCUCGCUCGAUGAGCCCAACCAGAGGGUCAUUCGUGCGGACUGCGAGCGCACGCGGGCUGACAUGGAAUACUUCCGGCAGCCCUUGGUGCGGGACAAGAUGGAGGCCAUGCUGACUUGUUGGUGCCGAACGCAGAAGGAAAGAUACAAGCAGGGCCUCAAUGAGGUGCUGGCUCUCUUCCUUUACUUGCAGGCACCAGAGCAUCCGCAUGCAGCUGCUUGCACUGACGAUGAGGUGUUCGAUCUCUUCACGGCGUUUGUCAAAGACUAUUCGCCGUUCUUCUCGUCCGAGGAGUUUGUGCCGCUCCAGUGCGCGUUCAUCUUCUUCCGGCGCUUGCUACUGUACCACCGCCCUGACCUCCACAAUCUGUUUGUGGAGAAGGGAGUGACGCCGGACAUGUUUUGCAUGCCGUGGUUCUUGACGCUUUUUGCGAGCAAGACGCCAAUGAGGCUGGCGAUGCAGCUCUGGGACCGGCACUUGGAAAGAGGUGAGCCGCACUUCUUCCUCUUCCUGGCCGCGGCGGUCGUGACUUCUGCGGAGAAGGAGAUCCUGCAGGCGGAGCGCAGCGCUCUGCCCGAGAUCCUCACCUCGCUGGGCAUGUACUCCAGGGAGGACAUGGAAGGCAUGUGGAGCUCUGCCGAGAACCUUCUGAUGCAGACCCCGGCCACCUUUGUCCGGCGAGUGAGGCGCAUCGUUCUCCAGCCCGAAGUGAAGGGUCCGGAAGAGGGCCACAAGCAGCUGGAGCGACUCGAGAAGGAGGGGGUCUUUUUCAUCCUGGCGGAAGAGGUGGUAGGUCACUGCUACCCUGCCCGGCCUGGUGAGGCGCUGAAGCCGUGGCAGCCCUCGGCCUCGUGCCCCUGGCGCCUUUUGCUGCUGGACCUGCGGCCUGCGGCAGACUUCGAGGCCACCCGGCUGCCGGCUGCGGUGCAUUUCGACGUGGCGCAGCUAUUCCCCCAGUCCGCCUGGAGCGGCAGGAAGCUGCUCUGGGGCAAAGAGAGUGAACCUCAGCCCUCCCAAGUGCUAGCUGCUUUGAAGGCAACGCUUGGAGAGAAUUGGGUUUGCGACAGCCAGGCGCAUCUCUGCCUCCUGGGCCGCUCGGAGGAAUCCUUGCUGCUGCGGGCACUGUACAUAGUUCUUACCAAGGACCUCUCCUUGCGGCACGUCUCUGUGGCCAAUGGCGGCUUCGAGGCAGUGAUGAAGUGUGCCCAGAAGCACAACUACGACAUCAUCGAGAGCCAGCCUGAAAAUGGGAUGCUGGACAGGCACCCGCUGCCAUCUUCCGCCUCGGUUGCGGCAGAAGGUGCCGCCGCUGCCGCCGCCGCAGCUGCCGAGGGCGCAGCCCAAAAGCUGUCCUCCGUGCUGUCAAGCUUGAAGAGAGUGACCGCUGGAGCAGGCGUGCGCUUGCCCGGCUCGCAGAGUCCAGGCUCCGACGAGCCCAGAAGCUCUCCGGGGCUGGGGCCGCCCACGCUGCUGGCGCGGCCGGGGAAUUGGCCUGCUGACUUCGACAUGUCGCAGCUGCCUCGCAGGAACUACCAGGAGCUGAUGGCCUCCCAGCACUGGUCCUGUGUGGCUCUGCUGGUGAGGCGGCCGAGCUGUCCUGAGCUUCAAGGCUCUUGGCAAGGCUGUAGCUGCAUCCUCUCCCUCCUCAUGGGGAAGGUCGUCUGUGCAGCAGUGUUGCAAGAGGAGGCGGUGGUGCUGGCAGAGUUCAGUGUCUUGCAAGUCGCCAAGGUGACAACCAAGAAGAAUCUCCCACAAACCGCCUAUUGCCACAUUCAGGACAAUGCCAAGCAAGCGGAGCCAGCGUUGGUGCUGUACUUCAGCCAUGGUGCAGAGCAGGUGAGCAGCUUUGCGUCGGCCUUAAAAGAUGCGCGGCAAUCGAAGGCUGCCAGGCUGAGAGGCUACGAACAGAGCCGGCCUCUGGCGCCGCCUGCCGCGGCGAAGGAGGCGGUGGCGGUGGCGCUGGCGGCUGAAGGCUGCAACGAGAGGGAUGCUGCAGAGGAGCCAUCAGAGCGGCAAGAGCAGGAGGCAGAAGCAGUGCCAGCUCAAGUUGCUGAGGAGCCAACGGAGCAGCAAGAGCAAGCAGUGGCAGAAGCAGUCCCUUGUCAUUCUGCGGAGGAGCAGGAGCCAACAGAGCAGCAAGAGCAAGCAGUGGCAGAAGCAGUCCCUUGUCAUUCUGCGGAGGAGCCAACGGAGCAGCAAGAGCAAGCAGUGGCAGAAGCAGUGCCAGCUCAAACUGCGGAGGAGCCAACGGAGCAGCAAGAACAAGCAAUGGCUGAAGCAGUGCCAGCUCAAACUGCGGAGGAGCCAACGGAGCAGCAAGAGCAAGCAGUGGCAGAAGCAGUGCCAGCUCAAACUGCGGAGGAGCAGGAAAACGGGCUCGCCACAGAGGAUGUGCAGGAGCCAUCGGAGCAGCAAGAGCACGCAGCGGUGGCAGAAGCAGGGCCAGCUCAAGCUGUGGAGGAGCCUUCCACAAAGUGAAGGUCCGCUGCAGCAUUGCGCCGCAGCGCCGGCUGAAUGCCAGGCGCGCGCGUACGACCUCGCGUGAACCGGAAA